AUGGCCCCGAAGGAGGAUCCGCUGCCUCCCGUCUGGGACAAUCUGGACAGGCAGAUGGGUCAGCUCUUCAUGAUGGGUUUUGAUGGUACCACUGUCGAUCGCCAGAUCCGAUCUCUCAUUGAAGACUACCAUGUGGGAGCUGUCCUUCUGACUGCCAAGAACCUUAAAUCCGCGGAAGAUGCAACACGGCUGGUCCUGGAGUUGCAGACAAUUGCGCGGGAUGCUGGCCAUCCCGUGCCUCUGUUGAUUGCUAUCGAUCAAGAGAAUGGCGGUGUCAACAGUCUUUUUGACGAGAUCUAUAUCCGCCAGUUCCCCAGCGCCAUGGGAAUCGCCGCGACCGGGUCCAAACAAUUGGCCCGCGAGGUCGCCUCGGCCACCGCACAGGAGCUUAAGGCCGUCGGGGUCAAUUGGAUCAUGGGCCCCGUCCUCGACGUCCUGACCAACGUUCGGAAUCAGCCCUUGGGCGUCCGCACCAGUGGCGAUGACCCCCAAGAAGUGUCCCAGUAUGGGGUCGAGUUUAUGAAGGGAUACCAAGAAGCGGGUCUGGUCACCUGUGGAAAACAUUUUCCAUCCUAUGGCAACCUGGAGUUCAUCGGCUCGCAAACAGACGUCCCUAUUAUCACCGAGUCGCUCGAGCAACUGAGCCUGAGCGCCCUGGUACCCUUCCGCAAUGCCAUCGCGAAUGGCCUGGAUGCCAUGAUGGUGGGCGGUGUCGCCAUGUCCUCCGCGGGGGUCAAUGUGAUGCACGCCUGUCUCUCUGAGCAGGUGGUCGAUGAUUUGUUGCGGAAAGACCUCCAGUUUGGUGGUGUCGUCGUGUCCGAGUGUCUCGAGAUGGAAGCUCUGACGCACAACAUCGGUGUCGGCGGCGGGACCGUGAUGGCCAUGAAGGCUGGUUGUGAUGUGAUCCUCCUGUGCCGCUCGUACCCCAUCCAGCAAGAGGCCUUCAAUGGCUUGAAGCUCGGGGUCGAGAACGGCAUCAUCAGCCGCGCCCGUAUCGAGCAGUCGCUCCGACGUGUGCUGGCGAUGAAGGCCCGCUGUACCUCCUGGGAGCAGGCAUUGAAUCCGGGGGGAAUUCCCUCCUUAACCAAAAUGCAACCGUCGCAUACCGCCCUCUCCACGCGCGCUUAUAAUAGUUCCAUCACCCUCGUCCGGGACAAGAACAACCUGCUGCCGCUGCCCAGCAUUCUCGAACCCGACGAGGAACUACUACUCCUGACGCCGUUGGUGAAGCCCCUCCCCGCCUCGGCCGUCUCCCGCUCUGUGGUUGAUAAUAUGAGCGCCUCGCCAGAUUCCAUGGCGUGGGAGAAGGGUGCUUCGAUCAUGAGCGUCGAGUGCGUCUUUCGAGAAUUUGGGCGAUCUCUCGCCCGGCAGCGAAUUGGCCGUGUGCUCCAUACCUCCUAUACCUCUACCGGCGUCCGCCCGAUUCACGAGAGUCUAAUCGAUCGUGCCAGCGCGGUCAUCGUCGUCACCGCAGACGCCAACCGGAAUCUCUACCAGAACGGCUUCACCAAGCAUGUAUCGAUGAUCUGCAAAGCCCAAUUCUCCCAAACGGGUGAGCGACGUGAGAAGCCUCUCAUCGUGGUCUCUGUGAGCUCGCCGUACGAUUUUGCCAUGGAUCAAUCGAUUGGGACGUACAUCUGCACCUACGAUUUCACAGAGACCGCGCUGCAGGCGCUGGUCAAGGUGCUCUAUGGAGAGUUGACCCCGACCGGGUCGCUGCCCGGCAGUAUCAGCCGCAGUCAAAAACUCCACCAAUCCCGACAGCACUGGCUAGUCGAGAGCUUUAACGAGGAACGCGAUUCAGAGGCCCUCGAUGCUCUUCUGGAUGCCGUCCGAGAGGACUGCUCGCAAGCCCAACGGUCCGAGUUGGCCGGUGUUUCGUCGAACAGCUUCCUGCUGCGUAGCGACGACGUCGAGGAGGCACACUUUGUGGUGCGCAACAGCACAACGCACGCUCUCUACGGCUUCUGUUCGACAUACUUCUUCCGAUCCACCAACACGGGCGUCAUCGGCGCGCUAAUCGUCGACCCGAGCCGACGCAAACUGUCAAUCGGGCACUCGUUGCACAACCGUGCAAUCCGAACCCUGCUGCAACGGAAAGGCGUGAAGCGAUUUCAGCUGGGCUCUCGUCUCCCCAGCGUCUACUUGGGCAUCCCCACGGCAAAUCCAGUGGAACGUAAGAAGCUCCGGCAAUGGUUCGCAAACUUGGGCUGGAACACGGCCCUGUCGCGACCCGUCUGCAGUGUGGUGCUGCGUUCUCUCUCGACGUGGGUGCCUCCGGAAGGAUUGGCCAAGAGCCUGCAGAGUGCGGAGGUGGACUAUGACCUCGUCUACGGAUGGGACUAUGCGGAUUCGAUCCUCGAUCAUGUGAAGACCAACUCCCGCCAGGGCGUGAUGGAGAUCUACAAGCUUGCCUUGAACGGCGCACCCCAUUCUGGGGUCAUCCGUGCGAAGCGACCUGAGGACGGCUCUAUUCUGGGAAGUGUUGUAGUCUACAACAGUCAAUCUGCCUUGGCCGAGUACGUACCCGCAUUGAAGGAGAUCAAUGCGGCGGCGGCAGCAGGAGGCAUCUCCUCACCGGUGAUCUCUCCGUCUGUGGGGGAGUAUGCCACCUUGAUGCAGGGAUUGAUCCUGCUGGGGAUCAAACAAAUCCGCAAGCAAGGCGCGGAUGUGCUGAUCCUCGACUGUGUGGACGGCGAUGGAAACUUUGACAGCCUAUCCGCGAUGGGCUUCGGAGUACUCCACAGCUUCGAGGAAGUGACUUGCGAUGCAGCCACCUGGAAGCUGAUACCGCCAGCUUAG